AUGUUUCCAAAACUCUCUACCAAAUUGAGUGCCCGUCAUGAUACUAUUACUAGGCAUCUAUGUGACCUUCUUCGCCAGACCCUCCUCCUCAAAUUCGACAUCGAAGUAAGGCAGCCAACAGUGUCGGGCUUGCAGCAGCUUCACCGCGCUCUAGAUGUGGUUCUCGCCGAUCUGUCAGUUCUUAUUCGGACCCUACGAAAAGCAAUUGAGUCACUACAAGGGGCCCAAGGGAGGUGGUCGGGGUUUUUUUGUGUUAAGAAGGAGGAGAGAAGGUACGACAAGCGGUUUUUCGCAUUUGUCGAAGCAGCAGAGACGGCCACAGUCAUUUGCGAGGAUCCGAGUGCGACGGCCCACUAG